AAAGAGUGAGGAAAUUGAGUGUGCGGGGGAAAGAGCACUGAAAAGGGUUCAAGACAGGAAAUUGUGUGCGCGCGCAAAGAGAAGCGUUCAAGACUGAGGAACUGUGAGAGAGAGAGAGAGAGAGAGAACACUGAAGAGUUCAAGUGUGUGUGUGUGCGUGUGUAACCAGCAGAGGAAGUUGUGUCUGAGAUCAGUGGAGCUCAACCUCAAAAAUGCAGGGCGGGAGCCAGCUGGAGGGGAGCGCACGCACCGCUUUUCUUGUGUGACAGCCGCCGCGAGCCGCGAGCCGCCCAGGUGCUGGUCCAAAGAGCUUCUGAAUCCUGUCGACUACCAACCAGGGCUUGAAUAUAUCCCCAGGGGACUCUGAGGGCAGGCAGAACAGGAGCCCAGCCAGCAAGCCACCAUGGAGCAGAUCCGCUCUUUCUUCCAGUCAAUCUGGGAUCUCAUUCUCAGCAAGCACCAGGAGGGCAUCUUCAACACAGUCUGCCUGGCAGUGCUGACUGGGCUGCCCUUAAUCGUCCUGUUGGUCUUCCUCUUCAUCUGUUGUCACUGCUGCUUCUGUAGCCAAAGGGGCAAAAGCAGCAGCAAUGGAGGUGGCAGCAGCAGCAAUGGGCAAGUCCAAGCAGAAAAGAACAAGAAGAGGAAGAAGAAGAAGGAUGAAGAUGACCUGUGGAUCUCAGCUCAGCCCAAGCUGCUCCUGUUGGACAAGAGGCCAUCACUGCCAGUCUAAAUAAUGGGAAAGAGAGAGGACACUCCUCCUCAAGACCCGGUGAGUCCUUCAGGCCAUGCACUGUGAGGGGAAGGAGCUACAGCAAUGGCUCUUUUACCCUUUAAUAAUGACUCUAGACUAAAUAGGAUUUCCAGGGCAAGCCAGACUCUGGCAAGAUCACUAAGAUGAUAAACAGAAGACAUAAAGUUGGGCAUAUGUUUAUAUGCCAGCAGUGUGUACAAGGACAUAUGCGCGCACACACACACACACAUGCAGUGACAUACAUGCACUUCCAUGUAUAAGCACUCACAUAUUCAUGAGGACAUGGCUGUGCAGCUUCACGUGCAUAAAGAUGUACAUAUGCUCACACAUAAACAUGCCUGCUGUCACGUGCAUGCAGAAACCCAUGCACAAGGUCAUGUGCCUUCAUGUGUAUGACGCACAUAAAUAUAGUCAUGUGUACUAAUAUGUAUAAAAGGUGGUAUAUAAAUUCAUGCAUUCACACAUGCACCUGAAAUCUAGUACAUCUUGAACUCCCCUCUACAAACUGAGGCAUGUGUAAAGUACACAGGACAAGCCUGCAUGCUUGUAUGGGUAAUACAUAAGUAUCAAAGCAGACUAAACGGAGAUACCACCCUGGCUUAGAGGUACAAGAGGAGAUGAGCAUACAAUCAUAUCAGAAUGAGAAAUAUUCUUCCCCCAAAUCAAUGGCAGGUAACAGUUUUGCUGCUCCAAAAGAGAAAUUUUCUAUCCAUCACAGGACUUUCCUAGCAAAUGCAGUAACCCGAUCCAACCUUAUAGACCCCAAGACAGCAAAGCAGAAAAUGACAUUGCCGCACAGGACAAAGGCAGGCAAGAACAGAACAGAUGUGGCAUCAUACAGGACUGAAAACUCUACGUGGACAUUGAGAAUCCCGUUUAAAACUGGUCUUUUAAGAGCUCAUCAUGCUGGGGUUGAGGUGGCUUCAUUUCCAUGGUACACUGAGAGAAGAGACUCCAUGUGGAAGCACGUCUACAGCAUUAAUUUAUCUAGUGACUACUAGAAACGGUUAACUCUUGGACCAAAGGCCCACACUUAUCACUGAGAUCUACAGAAAACUGGCUCCAGGCAAUAACUCAGGGCAUGCCCCACUCUCGCAUACAGAGACAUGCAUGUGCAUGUCCAUGUGUGCACAUGUGUGCACGUGCACACACACACACACGCACACGCACACACGCACACACACAGACCCCCUAGCACUCAGCUGAGCUGCUGGUUUUGAGUGCAUUUCAUUCUGUCACUGUAAGGGCAGCUGAGUCUAGGAUAAAUGGGGGAUGAAGUUAAAUGACAUGUAAUCCACAUAUACUUCACUUCUUUGCCCACUAAAGCUUUGGUCCCACACUGCUCACCCCAAUGAGAGACUGUCCUCACCAGAACUUUAAGAUCUGAUAGACUCCCCUUUCUCAUGAGUUAAGGCAGCUCACUCCAUCCCAGCUAACCUUGCCCCUGUUCCACAUAAGCAUACUCAGACUGCCAAGCCUAUUUCCUAAGGAACCAGCCUGACCUCUCCCUAGUCCGCUAUUGCAGUUAUCAGCAAGGUCUGUUGAAGCCUCACUGACAUGUUUUGCAAAUAGUUGGAGUGUCAGGAAGCUUCACUGUAUCUGUUUUUUGCACUAAGGUAAUGCAAGAGCCAAACAGUUUCACUUUAAAGGCUCCAUUGGAAACUUUUUGUUCUCUUAUUUUUACUCUCCAAAGCAAACUGACCAGGCAGUUCAGAGAGGAAGAAAUAAUACACACCAACCCAGACAAGUGCUGGUAGAGCCUGCCACACUGCAACCACCAGCAUGGCAGGCUCAAAGGUACUAGCCUCAUCUGCAGCAAAACAGGUCUUCCAUGCUCCCUCUAGGAAACCAUUCCUAGCGGAUGGGUGCGUGGGAAAGAAGGAAGAGUCAGGGAGCUGCUUAUGGACCGAGUGUUUUGUUCUGUACCCUCACAGCAUGGCCCAUUUUGUCCAACUUUGAGAUAAUGGUGAUGUAAUAUAAUCCCAUCACUGGGAUUGCUGUUCACUUGUGUUGUUGGGAUCUCAACCCCAGAGUUCUCACCACUUAGGCCCUUUCAAAGAUCUCACUUGGGCUCGGGACAGACAUUACAUAUAAACCAGUUUAAGUGAUCAGAAACUGGUUUAAACCUGUAACAGAACAGAUGUUCA